AUGCCUCGCCUGGUUCAUAACUACUUCUCAGACAGAGAGUUCAAUGUGUCGGAAUCGGAGGGCCUGUUGUCUGGACCAUGGCAGUCUCAGGGGUGCCACAGGGUUCAUUCUCUGGGCCGAUUUUCUGGGUGCAGUAUAUCUGACGUCGUGUUCUCUCAGCCAAUCAUUGGUAAGGCGAAGGCGGGGCUGUUGAAGACCCACUUCCUGCCGCUGAUGGAGAAGCUGAGGAGGAAGGCUGCCACUGUGCUGCUGGAUGAGGAACAGAUGAAGGCCGAGGGACGAGGGGAAAUGUCUGAGGCUGAGCUACUCAUCCUGGAUGAGUUCACCAUCCUGAUCAGAGACCUCUACGCCUUUUAUCCGUUACUCAUCCGCUUCGUUGACUACAACAGGGCUAAAUGGCUGAAAGAACCGAACCCUGAAGCUGAGGAGGUCUUCCGCAUGGUAGCAGAGGUCUUCAUAUUCUGGGCCAAGUCUCACAAUUUUAAACGUGAGGAGCAGAACUUUGUGGUUCAGAAUGAGAUCAACAAUAUGUCCUUCCUCAUCACGGACACCAAGUCAAAGAUGUCCAAGGGGGCAGUUUCUGACCAGGAGAGGAAGAAGAUGAAGCGGAAGGGUGAUCGCUACUCCAUGCAGACCAGCCUCAUCGUAGCGGCGUUGAAGAGACUACUUCCUGUAGGACUGAAUAUCUGCGCUCCGGGAGACCAGGAACUGAUCGCUCUGGCCAAGAUCCGCUUCAGUCAGAAAGACACAGAGGACGAGGUACGGGAGAUCAUAAGGAGUAACCUGCACCUGCAGGGCAAGCUGGAGGACCCAGCUAUCCGCUGGCAGAUGGCUCUGUAUAAGGACCUCCCCAACAGGAGUGAGGACACGUCAGACCCGGAGAAGACUGUAGAGAGAGUCCUGGACAUCGCUCACGUCCUCUUCUAUCUAGACCAGGUGGAACACCCUCAGAGGAGUAAGAAGGCUGUGUGGCACAAGUUGCUCUCUAAACAGAGGAAGAGGGCUGUGGUGGCCUGUUUCAGAAUGGCACCGCUCUAUAACCUACCCAGGCACCGGGCGGUCAACCUGUUUCUACAGGGAUAUGAGAAGUCCUGGAUCGAGACUGAGGAGCACUACUUUGAGGAUAAGCUCAUAGAGGACCUGGCUAGACCGGGAGGAGAGGAGCCUCCUGAGGAAGAUGAGGGUGCCAAGAGGAUCGACCCUCUUCACCAGCUCAUACAGCUAUUCAGUAGGACGGCCCUGACUGAGAAGUGUAAACUGGAAGAGGACAUUCUCUACAUGGCCUAUGCUGACAUUAUGGCUAAGAGCUGUCAUGAUGAAGAGGAAGAGGAUGGAGAGGAGGUGAAGAGUUUUGAAGAAAAAGAGAUGGAGAAACAGAAGCUGUUGUAUCAGCAGGCCAGGCUGCAUGACCGAGGCGCUGCAGAGAUGGUGCUGCAAACCAUCAGUGCCAGCAAAGGUGAGAUGGGUCCCAUGGUGGCCUCUACCCUGAAGCUGGGGAUAGCUGUCCUCAAUGGAGGCAACUCUACUGUUCAGCAGUGUGUCUCUCAUCUCUCUGUGUCCCAGUGUGUUUACUCUCAUGUCUCUGUGUCCCAGUAG